AUGGCCUCUAAAUCCCUUUACGCUAUCAUUGCUGGUGUCGGUCCUGGUACAGGUCGAUCCGUCGCUUUACGUUUCGCCCAAAAGUAUCCCGUAGUUCUCUUCGCCCGUCGCCCUGAGAGCUAUGAGAGCACUCUCGCAGAUGUCGAAAAGGCAGGCGGUAAAGCCAUCGGAAUCACUGCUGACGUGGCCGACCCAGCAUCUCUGAAGAAGGCAUUUGACGAUAUCAACAAGCAAUUCCCCGACAGUCAUCUCGCGGCAGCAGUUUAUAACGUCGGCAGCGGUGGGUUCGUCAGAAAGCCCUUCUUGGAACAGACAGAAAAGGAUCUCGACGCCAGCAUCGACGGCUCAAUCAGGUCAUUCUUUCACUUUGCACAGGCUACCAUUCCUCAUCUUUUGGAAGCGGUGCCAGAGUCCCACUACCCGCCUACUCUCAUCCUUACCGGUGCUACAGCUUCCAUCAAGGGAAGUCCGCAGUUCAGUACUUUUGCAGCAGGUAAAUGGGGACAACGCGCGAUGCACCAGUCACUGGCGAGAGAAUUUGGACCAAAGGGUGUUCAUAUAGCGCAUGCAGUAAUUGAUGGAGUGAUUGAUAUCCCGAGAACAAAGGAAUGGGCUGCAAAUGAUGGUAUUGAGGAUGGAAAGAUUAGUCCUGACGCGAUUGCCGAGGCAUACUGGAAUCUCCAUACACAGCAUCGAUCUGCUUUUACACAGGAGAUUGAUAUUCGACCCUAUGCUGAGAAGUGGUAA